UACUAUUUUUUAACAAGAACCACAACCAAAAAUUAGGAUUAAGUCCACUGAAAUAUCGCUUUUUUCAAGUUUUACAGAUUGUUCUUUCAGUUUAUUAAUCUGCUACUUGUAGUGAAAGUUGGUUAUUUGCUCCUAUAAUUAGCACCAGUGUAAGAGAUUAAAGUCAAAAAUGGACACAAUUACAUUUGAGCAAAUGCAGCAAUAUGAGCACGACGAAAACGUAUUGAUUAUUGAUGUCAGAGAACCUGAUGAAAUUAAAAAUACUGGACUUAUUGGAGACAGUAUUAACAUUCCAUUAAGCAGCUUAGAAAAUGCGUUAAAAAAAAUGUCAGAAGCUGAUUUCCUAAGAGAAUAUGGUAAGUCCAAGCCUGAGAAUGAUUCUCUUGUGAUCUUCACAUGUAAAUUGGGAGGGCGAGCCACCAAAGCCGGUGAUAUUGCGAAAGAAUUGGGAUUGAAUAAAGUCGGAGUUUACAAAGGAAGUUGGACUGAGUGGUCGCAAAAAUUAAACUUGGUAUAAAUUGGAGUCUGUUUAUUAUUAUUAUUGUUAAUUAUCAUUAAAUAUACAUAAUAUGAUUCUA